AUGAAGAUUCAUCCUGUUCUUCGAAAGCAAGUCAUCUCCCUUUCUGGAACUCAGAGGGCAUCCACUGGGCUCCAAUUGGACCUCUAUCGACGAGGUGCUGUCACCCUAUAUCUCCGAAACUUUUCCUCAGUUCCUCUGCGCAGAGUCCCAGUGACCGGACGAUGGCAGCAGGUCCGAUACUCCUCCGCAGCAGCCUCUGUGUUGGAACAUGCGGCGUCCGAUCCGUCCACCCUCACUCAAUCUGCCAUUAUUGAAAAUAUGGACGAAGGAGAAAUGAAACGAUUGUCCAAAGUUCGAAAUAUUGGAAUUGCGGCGCAUAUCGACAGUGGGAAAACCACAACUACAGAGCGAGUCCUCUUUUAUACCGGCCGCAUCAACGCAAUUCACGAGGUCCGUGGCCGAGAUUCUGUUGGCGCUAAAAUGGACUCCAUGGACCUGGAACGUGAGAAGGGUAUCACAAUUCAAUCAGCGGCCACCUUUUGCGAUUGGGUCAGGAAAGACGGAGAUAAAGCGGAGAAAUUCCACAUCAAUUUGAUUGAUACGCCAGGACACAUCGAUUUCACUAUUGAGGUUGAGAGAGCUCUGCGUGUUCUUGAUGGUGCAGUCUUGAUUGUCUGUGCAGUGUCGGGCGUCCAGUCGCAAACAAUGACCGUGGAUCGACAAAUGAGGCGCUAUAAUGUCCCUCGAAUCUCUUUUGUCAAUAAAAUGGAUAGAAUGGGUGCCAAUCCUUUUAGGACAAUCGAUCAGAUCAAUCAGAAACUGAAAAUCGCCGCUGCUGCAGUUCAAGUGCCUAUUGGGGCGGAGGACGAAUUCCAGGGUGUUGUGGAUUUGAUCCGCAUGAAGGCUAUCUACAACGAAGGUUCCAAGGGUGAAAUUGUUGUUGAGAAGGACGAAAUUCCAGAGGCUGUGAAAGCCAUUGCCGAAGAGCGGAGGAGAAUCCUUAUUGAAACUUUGGCUGAUGUUGAUGAUGAAAUCGCGGAGCUUUUCCUUGAAGAAAAGGAACCUACCCAACAGCAGAUCAAGACUGCUAUUCGACGUGCUACAAUUGCCCGGAAAUUUACACCUGUAUAUAUGGGGUCAGCUCUAGCCGAUAAAUCCGUUCAACCUCUGCUAGAUGGCGUUUGUGAUUAUCUCCCGAACCCCUCCGAAAUCGAGAAUGUCGCCCUGGAUCAAAAAAGAGAAGAAGCUCCUGUCAAACUUGUGUCUUAUAACUCACUCCCAUUCGUUGGUCUUGCCUUCAAACUCGAAGAGAGUAACUACGGACAACUUACCUACAUUCGGGUGUAUCAAGGUACACUUCGUAAGAGUUCUAACGUCUUCAACGCUAGAAAUGGCAAGAGGAUCAAGGUUCCGCGGAUCGUACGAAUGCAUUCAAAUGAGAUGGAAGAUGUCGAUGAAAUCCCAGCCGGCGAGAUUUGCGCCGUAUUUGGUGUCGACUGUGCCUCUGGAGAUACUUUCACUGAUGGCCAACUCGCCUACAGUAUGAGCACUAUGUUUGUUCCUGAACCUGUAAUUUCGUUAUCUAUUCGGCCCAAGAACUCGAAAGACUCUGCCAACUUCUCCAAAGGUAUAAAUCGUUUCCAACGCGAGGACCCCACCUUCCGUGUUCACUUUGACGAGGAGAGUGAAGAGACUAUUAUCUCUGGUAUGGGUGAAUUGCACCUGGAAGUUUAUGUUGAGCGUUUGCGCAGAGAGUAUCGUGUCGACUGCGUUACUGGUAAACCUCAAGUCGCAUAUCGCGAAACGAUUGGCAAAAAGACUGACUUCGACCACUUGCUCAAGAAACAAACCGGCGGUCCUGGAGACUUUGCCGGAGUUGUUGGUUGGCUGGAGCCUACUGGAACCUUGGAGCAGAACCGCUUUGAACAGAGAAUCGUUGGUGGUGCGAUUUCCGAGAAGUACCUCUACGCUUGCGAAAAGGGUUUCAAUCUGUCUUGUGAAAAGGGACCAUUGACUGGACACAAGGUUCUUGGAACUCAAAUGGUCAUCGUCGACGGCUCCACUCACGUUACCGAUUCAUCUGAAAUGGCAUUCAAGAUUGCGACACAGCAAGCGUUCCGAAAGGCUUUCAAGGAGAGCAAACCUGAGGUUCUCGAGCCCAUGAUGAAAACCGUCAUCACCGCCCCGGUUGAAUUCCAGGGUGAUGUCAUUGCUCUUUUGAAUAAACGUAAUGCUGUUAUUAAUGACACCGACACUGGCAUCGACGAAUUUACACUUUACGCCGACUGCAGCUUGAAUGGUAUGUUCGGGUUCAGCACCCAUCUCCGGGCUGCCACUCAAGGAAAAGGCGAAUAUUCCAUGGAAUUCAGCCACUACGAGCGGGCUCCGGGUCAACUGCAAAAACAGCUCAUUGCCGAGUAUGAAGAGGCUCAGGCCGCACGACAUAAGAAAUAA